GUAUAUAUACAUAGACUCCACAUUUAACAUUUUAGUUAACACUAAUUACUACAUUCAAAUUAUUUCACUAAGUUUACUUGUAAACUAUAAAAUAGGCAUUGAUAGUAAAGAAGAAUAUGUUAUUUUUGGUAUAAAUAUAUGCACCAAUAAAAAGUUCUGGAAUGGGACUUUAUAAUAGCAUAAAAUUGUAGACUUUGUACUUUGGGUUUCCUGAUGAGUUUCCAACUUCAAUUCUGGGUUAAGUUGAAGAGUACUUCUUCAUCACCAUUUCUGCCAUCUGGGCUUUGAUCUUUUGAUCUAAAGUCACAGAAAAACCCUAAAGAAGAAAAGAGAGUGAAAUGGUGAGACAGAAGAUAGAGAUAAAGAAGAUAGAGAAUUUGACAGCAAGGCAAGUGACAUUUUCAAAGAGGAGAAGAGGGGUUUUCAAGAAAGCCAAGGAACUCUCCACCCUCUGCGAUGUCGAUGUCGGCCUUGUCGUCUUCUCCGCCACCGGAAAACUCUUCCACUAUGCCUCUCCCAGCAUGGAGGGAGUGAUUGCAAAGCACAACAUGUACUCGGAGAGUGUUGAGAAUGAGCAUCAACCACUUCCCACUGUCCAGAGAGAAAGUGUAACCUGUGCCGCGCUAACCAAGGAACUUGCCGAUAAGAGUCAGGAGUUGAGGCAACUCAAAGGAGAAGAUCUCGAGGAAGUUGGGAUGGCGGAGUUGAUAAAACUUGAGAAACUUAUCGAGGGUGGACUCCGUCGGGUCGCAAGGAAAAAGGUUGAAAUACUAAUGGAACAAGUUAAUCUUCUAAAGAAACAGGAAGCUAAAUUAAUGGAAGAGAAUUCCGAGUUGAAGCAGCGAUCUGAAAUAGUGCACUCUUCUGAGUCAGUCACAAGUGGGUGUUGCAUGUUACUUGACAAUCUGAGGGAUAACCACAAAAUUUCCGAUACUACCCUCAAGUUGGGUUUACCCUUCCCCAAUUGAUACGAGGAUAUGAUGAAGAGAUGGGAGAAUGCUACAACCUCAGUAUAUGCAAAGGCAUAUAUAUAUAUAUAUAUAUAUAUAUAUAUAUAUAUAUAUAUAUAUAUAUAUAUAUAUAUAUAUAUAUAUAUAUAUGUUAAUAUGUGCAUGCAUCAUCACAUGAUGAUGAUGAUGGUACCAUUAAAUAUUGUGUUGGACAAGACUUAAUUUUCUGGCUAGCAAACAACUGAUAAGGUGCUGUUGUGUGGUAGACAAAUCAUUAUUUAUUCAAUGUAAUCCCACAUGGUGUACUUUAGAUUUAGAUGAUAAAUUUAUAAAUCUCCGUCACCAAAUAAAUUAUACUUCGUAUA